AUGGGUCCAGUUGUUGACAGCAAUGAGGCUAUGCGCUGUGAAUAUAUUUUAACAAUUCUUUACACAGCUGUCAGUCUUCUCGAAGGUUUGCUCAUCUCGCUUCAGAUGACAGUCACUGGUGUUGACAGUUCCAGCCGUGUGGACUAUACAAUCAAAAAAAUCAUCAAAGAAUUGUUCGAAGAAAUUAUUUGCAUAACUGAAGGAAAGCAAAAUCAACCGGGAAAAAGUGAAAGGCGGAUGAAGCAUUCAACUCAGAAUAUGAGUAUGUUUAUGGCAUUGUCACAACAGCCACAGACUGAUGCUCUCGAUGAUCCAGCUGAAUUGUGA